AGCACGCGGCGGGGAGCAGAACGCGGUUGACGUGAAGGCGGUCGCGGCGCGGCGCGGCGUGCGGGACGGAAGAAGGGUUUCCACAUAGCAGCCUUCCUUGGAAAUGGACGCCGAAGGGUUUGGGGAGCUCCUGCAGCAGGCAGAGCAGCUUGCAGCGGAAACGGAGGGCAUUGCAGAGCUUCCUCAUGUUGAACGUAACCUCCAAGAGAUCCAGCAAGCUGGAGAACGUCUGCGCUCCCGGACGCUAACCCGCACCUCUCAGGAGACGGCAGAUGUCAAAGCAUCAGUUCUCCUCGGCUCCAGAGGUCUGGACAUCUCCCACAUCUCCCAGCGAUUGGAGAGCCUUAGCGCUGUGACCACAUUUGAGCCCCUGGAACCAGUCAAGGACACUGAUAUACAGGGAUUCCUAAAAAAUGAAAAAGAUAAUGCUUUGUUGUCUGCCAUUGAAGAGUCCAGGAAACGGACUUUUUCGAUGGCCGAGGAAUACCAUCGGGAAUCGAUGCUGGUCGAGUGGGAACAGGUGAAACAACGGAUCCUCCACACACUGCUGGCUUCAGGAGAAGAUGCCCUCGACUUUACUCAGGAAAAUGAGCCAACUUACAUCAGUGAGUUGCCACCACCAGGUCGCAGUUCUUUGGACAACGUUGAGAUGGCGUAUGCUCGACAGAUCUAUGUUUAUAAUGAAAAGAUUGUGAGUGGACAUCUGCAGCCGAACUUGGUGGACCUUUGCGCUGCCGCGGUGGAACUGGACGAUAAGAACAUCACUGACGUGUGGGCAAUGGUGAAGCAAAUGACUGACGUUCUGCUGGUUCCUGCGAGCGAUUCUUUGAAAGUCCGGACAAGCAUGGAGGUGCAGAUGGAGUUUGUGAGGCAGGCCCUGCAGUACCUUGAACAAAGUUACAAGAACUAUACCUUGGCAACUGUCUUUGGAAACUUACACCAAGCCCAGCUGGGCGGCAUACCUGGAACCUACCAGUUAGUCCGCAGUUUCCUGAACAUCAAACUCCCGGUGUCUGUCCCAGGACUCCAGGAUGGGGAAGUGGAAGGGCAUCCUGUCUGGGCCGUCAUCUACUACUGCAUGAGAUGCGGGGACUUAAUAGCUGCCUUGCAAGUGGUGAAUCGGGCCCAGCACCAGCUUGGAGAUUUUAAAGUUUGGUUCCAGGAAUAUAUGCACAGUAAAGAUAAAAGAUUGUCUCCUGCCACUGAGAACAAGGUUCGCCUUCAUUAUAGGCGGGCCCUGAGAAAUAACACUGACCCAUAUAAAAGAGCAGUUUACUGCAUCAUAGGCCGAUGUGAUAUUGCUGACAACCACAGUGAAGUGGCUGAUAAGACGGAAGAUUACCUUUGGCUAAAGCUGAACCAAGUGUGCUUUGAUGAUGACGGCUCUAAUGCCCCCCAGGACAGGCUGACUUUGUCCCAGUUCCAGAAACAGCUGCUUGAAGACUAUGGUGAAUCGCACUUUGCCGUCAACCAGCAGCCCUUCCUCUACUUCCAAGUGCUGUUCCUGACCGCCCAGUUUGAAGCCGCCAUCGCUUUCCUCUUCCGCACGGAGCGCUUGCGCUGUCACGCCGUUCACGUCGCUUUGGUCCUUUUUGAGCUGAAGUUGCUGCUGAAGUCAUCCGGGCAGAGUGCACAGCUCUUGAGCCACGAGGCUGGAGACCCGCCGGCCAUCAGGCGCCUGAAUUUUGUCCGCCUGCUGAUGCUCUACACUCGCAAGUUUGAGUCCACUGACCCUCGAGAAGCUUUGCAGUACUUCUAUUUUCUCAGGAAUGAAAAGGACAGCCAAGGAGAGAACAUGUUCUUGCGCUGUGUGAGCGAGCUAGUGAUAGAAAGCAGAGAGUUCGAUAUGAUUCUUGGAAAACUGGAGAAUGAUGGCAGUAGAAAACCUGGUGUGAUUGACAAGUUUACUAGAGACACCAAACCAAUUAUUAAUAAAGUUGCUUCAGUGGCAGAAAGUAAAGGGCUGUUUGAAGAAGCUGCCAAACUUUAUGACCUUGCCAAGAACCCAGACAAAGUGCUGGAGCUGAUGAACAAGUUGCUGAGCCCGGUGGUCUCUCUGAUCAGCGACCCACAGUCAAACAAGGAGAGGCUGAAAAACAUGGCCCAUUCUGUUGCCGAGAGGUACAAAGCACAGGGCAUAAGUACAGCAAAGCCUGUGGACUCAACGUUCUACCUUCUGUUAGACCUGAUCACCUUUUUUGAUGAAUAUCACGCUGGUCACAUUGACAGGGCCUUUGAUAUUAUCGAACAGCUAAAAUUGGUGCCCUUGAGUCAAGAAUAUGUGGAGGAACGAGUCGCAGCCUUCAGGAAUUUCAGUGAUGAAAUCCGACACAAUCUCUCUGAGGUCCUCCUUGCCACAAUGAAUAUUUUGUUCACCCAGUACAAGAGGUUGAAGGGCACCAGCCCAGCAGCCCCUGCCCGACCCCCUCGUGUCAUAGAAGACCGGGAUUCGCAACUUCGAUCUCAGGCCCGGGCGCUCAUCACCUUUGCUGGGAUGAUCCCCUACCGGACGUCGGGAGACACGAAUGCUCGGCUGGUGCAGAUGGAGGUUCUGAUGAAUUAGAGGCUUUGGGAGGCCUUCUGGCUGCUGCUUGUACACUCAACAGAUGGGCCCAGUUUAAUUUGGGGGCGGCUUCAUUUUUGUUUUUUGUAUUAUGUAUUUUUGCCAACCGCAAUAAAUUUCUUUGGGUUUA